UUCAGUGUUCUGGGUUUUCCAUGCUUUAACAGUGACAGGAAGAAGGAAUUCAGGAAACAAGAAGAGGAGGAGGAGGAAGAGGACGAAAAAGAGGAGGAUGGAUAUAGAGUGACGACGAUGUCACAGCUAACCGUCAGGUUCACGGUAUCUACCAGCGUAAACACCUGACAGAGGGCAUAAAAGAGGCGGAGUAGUAACUAAACAGUAAAUACCACUACUGUUGAACCACCGGACCUGAUUGUCUUCUUCCUCUUCUUGGGUUCUUCUUGUUGUCGCUCUCUGGGAGGAAGAAGGGCGAGGAUAUUAUGGCUGCACUUUCUCCACACAUCCGAGGACUUCAGACAGAUGAGCAAGAAACCAGAAUCCUUAAAGUGAAAGUCAUUGCCGGAAUUGGGCUAGCCAAAAAAGAUAUACUGGGAGCCAGCGAUCCAUAUACAAAACUGUCCCUCUAUGACCCUAUCAGCGGAGUAAUCACAUGUCUUCAGACCAAAACAAAGAAAAAGACACUGGACCCAAAAUGGAAUGAAGAAUUCUGUAUCAUAGUUGAUCCCAGAAGGCAACGUCUGCUGUUGGAGGUGUUUGAUGAGAACCGCCUGACACGUGAUGACUUUCUGGGCCAGGUGGACAUCCCCUUAAAUCAGAUACCGACAGAAAAUCCUAAUACAGAAAGGCCAUACACAUUCAAGGAUUUUCUGCUUCACCCACGAAGCCACAAGUCCAGAGUCAAAGGUCACCUGCGUCUCAAAAUGACCUACCUGCCAAAAAACCCAGAUUCAGCGGAGGAAACAGUAGAACAGACUGAGGACAUGGAUCCUGGUUGGGAGUUUCUGGAGGCUCAGGACAUGUCAGGUCCCAGACAAAACCAGCUUCUGCCUGCUCUGCCCCCUGGCUGGGAGGAGCGGCAGGACAACCUGGGAAGAACCUACUUUGUCAAUCACGAGAGCAGAACCACACAGUGGACACGACCCACAAUUCAGAACGUUGAUGUGGAGAUGCAAAGAAGACAGAACAAUAACAUAGAUGUGGAGCAUGCUAUUAUUACACGCAGACAGAUCUCAGACCAUGAUGAGAACACCACACGAGAGUCUCCUGAGAGCUGGGAGAUCAUUACAGAGGAUGAGUCCACCUUGUACCACAGCAAUAACCAACUUGCAUCAAGUCCACCCCAGGGGCCUGCAGAGUUCCACCCUUCCCGUGCUGAGCUGAGAAACACUCACAUUUCUGGGGCCACAGCUGGCGAGCUGCGCACUUACCAGACGGAUCACGCUAAUAAUUCAAGCCAUUCCAGUCACAGAGGAAGUGCCCAGACUUCAACAGGAGAGGAACAUCCUGUUAAUCCUGUGCUGAUUCCAACCUCAACUGGGCUGCCUCCAGGCUGGGAGGAGAAGCGAGACAGUAAAGGGAGACGCUACUUUGUCAACCACAACAGCCGAACCACUUCAUGGACACGACCCCUCAUUCAAAAAACCUCAGAGGCACCAGCACCAGCACCAGCAGCAGCAGCAGCAGCAGCAGCAGCAGCAGCAACAGCAGCAGCGGCGGGCGGCGGCGGCGGCGGGGGCAGCAACACAGAGUGGUGCAGGUGUAGCCCAGAGCCUGACUCCACCAUUGCCAUCCAUGUCUCCAGAGGAUCUCCUCAGCACACCCCAAGCCCAGAGGCCACAAAUAAAUCAGACUUCCUGCCGGCUGGUUGGGAGGUUCGCAGUGCUCCCAAUGGAAGACCCUUUUUCAUUGACCACAACACUAAGACAACUACCUGGGAAGAUCCCAGGAUAAAGAUCCCUGUGCACAUGAGGAAGAGACCCUCACUUGAUCCAUCUGAUCUUGGCCCUCUGCCGCCUGGCUGGGAGGAGAGGGUCCACAGUGAUGGCAGGAUAUUCUACAUAGAUCACAACACCAGGAACACACAAUGGGAUGAUCCCAGAUUACAGAACUCAGCUAUAACUGGACCAGCAGUGCCUUAUUCCAGAGAUUAUAAACAGAAGUAUGACUACUUCCGGAAGAAAAUGAAGAAACCGGCUGACAUCCCAAACCGUUUUGAGCUGAAACUGAGACGUAAUGCGGUGCUGGAGGACUCGUACCGGCGCAUCCUCUCAGUAAAGAGGGCAGACCUGCUGAAGGCAAGACUGUGGGUGGAAUUUGAAGGAGAAAAAGGACUGGACUAUGGUGGCGUGGCCAGGGAAUGGUUCUUCCUCAUGUCCAAGGAGAUGUUCAACCCGUACUAUGGACUGUUUGAGUAUUCUGCCACGGACAACUACACACUGCAGAUUAACCCCAACUCAGGUUUAUGUAAUGAGGACCACCUGUCCUACUUCAAGUUCAUCGGCCGUGUGGCAGGCAUGGCCGUGUAUCACGGGAAACUGCUCGAUGCUUUCUUCAUUCGGCCUUUCUACAAGAUGAUGCUGCAGAAGCCCAUCACCCUCCAGGACAUGGAGUCUGUUGACAGUGAAUAUUUCAACUCCUUGAAGUGGAUUUUGGAGAACGACCCGAAAGAGUUGGAUUUAAGGUUCACCAUCGACGAAGAGCUGUUUGGACAGACUCGCCAGCAUGAACUGAAGCCGGGCGGCGCAGAGAUUGUCAUAACUAAUGAAAACAAGAAAGAAUACAUCCAUCUGGUGAUGCAGUGGAGGUUUGUGAACAGGAUACAGAAACAGAUGACUGCCUUCAAAGAGGGAUUCUUUGAGUUGAUACCUCAAGAUCUGAUCAAGAUCUUUGAUGAGAAUGAGCUUGAGCUGCUCAUGUGUGGUCUUGGAGAUGUGGAUGUGAAUGACUGGAGAGAGAACACCAAGUACAAGAACAGCUAUUGCUCCAACCAUGUUGUUAUCCAGUGGUUUUGGAAAACGGUGCUGUUGAUGGAUGCAGAAAAGCGAAUCAGACUCCUACAGUUUGUGACAGGAACAUCAAGGGUCCCAAUGAAUGGCUUUGCUGAACUCUAUGGGUCUAACGGACCACAGCUGUUCACUAUUGAGCAGUGGGGAACACGUGAUAAACUCCCCCGAGCCCACACAUGCUUCAAUCGACUGGACCUGCCUCCUUAUGAGUCUUUUGAGGAGCUGAGGGAGAAACUUCACAUCGCCAUUGAGAAUGCACAAGGCUUCGACGGGGUGGAUUAGAGUUUGUGCUGUAAUUGAGCUUAACUGACAUUACUGCAUGAUGUGGUGAAGACGUUGAUGAGAGAAACGAGCUGUGCGUCAGAUUCGGGUCUUAACCUGUCAGCUGUGUGACGGAUGAAGGACCGUCGCACAGCUUCACUUUGGUCCUCUGUUGAGGCACACGUGGAGAAAGGACAUUAAAUCUGGAGUGACAGAGGUAUUUAAUCACUCUACUCGUUAUAAAGUUUACAAAGCAAACAUGCAAAGCUGUAUACUGCAUAACGAAAACAUCUAACCUUAAACAGUAGUUUCAUUUGGGCUGAAUUGCCUCAGAAAAAACUUUAUGCUCAGAUUCUCACAUCAGGUACUUGUGAGGUUUUAUCUUCACGUUGUAGUUGGUGGGAAAUUAGUUGUGUUAACUUAACUUGUCCCUUCACCACAUGUUAGUACUGGAAAGAGUGGGACGUGGCUCAGAAUUAUCACUAACUUAUGUUUAACAUAAGGAUAACAUCAACUCUUGAUAUUUGAAUAAAAAAAAAAAAAAGGAACUCGCAACCCAUGUUUUCUACUAUAUUUACUAUUCAACAUUUAAAGUAAAGUUAACAAGUCUGAAAUCCCUUUAAACAUGACCGUGGCUCAACUGGAACAGCGUCAUCCAAAUAUUUUAAAAUUAAAAGAUGAAGGCAGCAAUGUGUCAGAAGUUUUAAACCAGUAUGAUCAGAUGGCAAUUCAACCUAAAUAAAACAAAUGUGAAGAUAUAUUUUUCUUAUCAUUUAAAUUCUAUACAUAAUUAUAUUUUUUUCAUUUCAUCACAUUAGAAUCACUCAUGCAAAUCCCAAAUAUAUGCACCCCAAAAGCAUUGGUAGCAGAAAAUGUGCAAGUUAUAUACAUAAGUAAGUUUGAGCGACUACAUUGAAGGAAGGUUUAUCAUUGAAUCGUUAAAGUAGUGAUGUACCAAUGCCAGGACCAGUAAAAGGCAAAACUAAUUUUACAGUAGUUUGUAUCAGACUACAUGCAGUGUUAGAUUGUGCUGAAAUACUAUGCAUAAUUGUACAUUAACCUGUUUUUUAUUAUUAUUAUUAUUAUUAUUUCAUAAAUAUACUGUACAUAUAAAUUACUUUGCUUUCUACAAAAUGAUGAAGCAUUUAUUGUUAAAACUAUUCACUCAAACUUGUGAAAUUGGCAAAUAACGGUUAUUGGUGCACCUCUACAUUAAUACAUAAUUUUCUUUUAUGAUCAGUACACGCUCAUACUCAAGGUUAACGUUUACCAUUUGUAUAUCAGAGGAAUAAACAAAUGUACAUACACAUAAUAUCUCCUGGUAUUAGUAGCUUACAGAAACAUUAUCCAACAGACUGACGUUAUCCCACUCUUUGCAUAAAGUUUGUCAGAAAUUAUGUUUUGUUGCCUUUUGUCAAUGAGUGAUAUCAUUUUUGUUUUCCUCUACUCAUCACGGGUGUCCAAUUGCAGCACGGUGCUCUGUUUUUAAGAGUAUAACUUUUAAAAAGAUUUUUUUGGUUGUCAAAAUGUGUACAGAUUGUCAGUUUUCAAAAUGAGUAACACUUGUUCAUACCUUUGUAGGAAAGCAACUGUUUUUCAGCAGUAGUUUUUAACAUUUUCUGAAUGGUAAAACAAAACGUGUUUACACUACCUGCCAUGUUUACAGGUCGUUGAUAAAAGAAGAUAUGGUGGGAUGGUUCUUGUCUCUGACAACACAAUUUUAUACUUUAUGCUUUUAUAAAGUGAAGCACUUUGUUAAUAUCGAUGAGUCUUACUUCUGAACUGUCUGAAUCUUUGCCAAUCUGUCACCUGCAGACUGCUUAAACCGCUCUUUAAGAAAAUGAUCCUAUGCUUCAAGUGCAUAUGUGUUUUUAAAUGUUUACAUGUGAACAUUGCUGAAAAUAAGCACAUUCUCUUUCACUUAUAUUUAAAAUGAAAUACAGAGGCCUUCAUUUGUAAUGUAUUGUAGAAUUUGAUUGUUUAUUGAUGUUUUAAUCUCUAAAUGGAAGUACUGUUAUAUAUAUAUAUUGUCUACUGAAGAAUAAUGAAUAGAUCAACAUUUAAUUUCUGAUAUAUCAAAUUUACUUAUCAUGGAAUUUAUUAUAACACCUAUAAGUGCAUUACAACAGCAUACAUUGCAUACAUGCACAUACAACAUGCAGCAUAUACAACAGUUAAAAGGUAGAAUGAACUGUAGCUGUUAAAUACCAAUUUGAUGACAUAUAUCACACCAAAUUAAAUAUAAAUAUUUGAAAAAUAAAGAAAUAUAAAAACAAU